AUGGUUGGAACCCCGGUCAAGAAGAAGGAAAAGGAAGUACCGCCUUCACCGCCUUUGAUCAUACGAGAUCAGGGGAAGGGAGCGAGGUAUGAUAGGGUUGGGUUCCUGGGUGAGGGUGGUUUCGCUAGAGUAUACGAAAUUCAAGAUUCCAAGAAUCGUCGGAAAGCUGUUAAAGUCAUUAAUAAAAAUGCUAUUACUUCCAAGAAGAAUAAAACCAAGUUAUGGGCAGAAAUCAAACUUCAUCAAAUACUCGUUCAUCCCCAUAUCGUAAGGUUUGAAGAUUGUUUUGAAGAUUCUAGUAAUGUAUACAUGGUUCUAGAGCUAUGUGAGAAUGGGAGCAUGAUGGAUCUUCUCCGACGUCGUAAACGAUAUACAGAACCUGAAGCACGGUAUUACCUGGUCCAACUCAUCGCAGCAUGUCAAUACAUGCAUCAGAUGAACGUGAUCCAUCGUGAUUUAAAAUUGGGUAAUCUGUUUUUGGAUGCGGAUAUGAAUGUCAAAGUGGGAGACUUCGGAUUGGCGGCGUUGAUCGAGAAUCCUGGUGAUAGGAAAAAGACGAUCUGCGGUACACCCAACUAUAUCGCUCCUGAAGUUCUGUUCGAUCAGGAUAAUGGACAUAGUUUCGAAGUGGAUGUUUGGUCAAUUGGAGUGAUCAUGUACACCCUUCUGAUCGGGAAACCGCCCUUUCAGACCAAAGACGUCAAGACCAUAUAUAAGCGGAUUAGAGAGAACAGAUACGAGUUCCCUGCAGACAAGGAGAUCUCGCAUUCAGCUCAGGAUUUGAUAUCUUCCAUUUUGAAUCCUAAACCAGACGAACGUCCACCGCUCGACAAAAUCCUCUCCCAUAAAUGGUUCCUUGAUGGACCUUUCCCAGCCUACAUCCCAGCCUCAGCCAACGAUUUUGCUCCUGACUAUCGACAUUUAUCCACCUCUCAAUCUCGACGUAACUUUCAAGCUCUGUGUCAGAAAUCGAAAAUUGGUGUCGUACCAUCUUUGGCUCCAGAAGUUGCGUCUCGACCUCGUGCACCCCUUGGACCCAGUAUCCUACAACAAGAAAGGGAUUUCAAGAACGCUGUGCAACCCGACAGUCCCAUCUCCGCUUUACUCACUUCCGCCCGGCAACCUCUGGUUCAAGCUUCAGCACCUAUCAAGGAGCCUUCAUUGCUACGAAAAUUAUCUGCUGCAGGUGCCGCGUCUACAUUAAGUCCCGCUAGAAAGUCGGCACUGGGUAGAGAGCAAUAUGGAGUUGCUGGGCCCGGACCGUCCUCAGCGAGAAGACAUGCUAGCCCUAUGGAGAGAGUUGGCGAAGAGGAAGACGAGGAGCAGGAGGUGGAAGUUUUGGAACCUCAAAGGGAAAGGGGUUAUGAUAGUGCAGUCAGAGAACGGGGAUUGGCAAACCAAAAGGCUAGGAUCGUCUCUGAAAUGGCCAGUGAAAGACAUCGACAUAAACAUCACGAACAGCGAUUACCAUCUGUAUCGCCCAAGAAAGCGGCUCCACUAGGCUCGGCUACUACUUUACCUCGACCGCCUGCAGCUGCUUCGGCCCUUACAUCCAGCAAAACCAAGGAUUUCAAAACGAGCUUAUUUGAUGUAAUUGGCCAGAAUCUUGCGAAUGGAUUGGCAAUGUCGCAGACUGAGCAAGGAUUCAGGACGCCUCACAUCGACCCAAAGCCAGCCCCACCGAAUGUAUUCGUUGUAUCUUGGUUGGACUAUUGCACGAAAUACGGAAUGGGAUUCGCUAUGACGGAUGGGACCGUCUCGGUACAUUUCAAUGACUCGACCUCGCUCGUACUGGCGCCUGGCAAACAGCAUUUUGAUGAUAUCCGACCCACAGCCUCUGACGAUCUAUCUCACCAUACUCGACGAUCUCACUCCAUAGACACCUACCCAUCUGAUCUCAAGAACAAGGUAUACCUGCUCAAACACUUUGAAAGUUAUAUGCUUGAUAAACUGUUCCUUGAACAGCCUUACACAUACGAUGAUGUGAACUUGAAGACCGGAAUGGUUUUCAUUGUGAAAUAUCUAAGAAUGAAACAUGUCAUUCUGUUCAGAUUGAGUAAUGAUGUUCUCCAAUUUAAUUUCUACGAUCACACCAAAUUGAUACUAAGUCAGGAUGGUUUAGUGGUCUCGGUAAUUGACCGACAUUCGAUUUUGAGAACGUGGAGUCUGGAAAGCCUCCUGCAGCCGAUAGGCGAUGAUGCCAAUCCGAAAGAUAAGAAGAGGAUAGAAGGGGUUGUUCAUAAAGUACAAUAUGCAAGAGACGUACUAGCCAAAAUCAAGUCGCACGGUAUGAACAAAGCCACCGAUAACAAAGCGGGUGUGAAUGGUAUACCUGUCGCUGCUGGGACCAGAGCUGCGGUACAGAGAGAAAAAGAGAUCAUGAAACCCAUCCGAUAA